CGCUAUUUCCUUCUUCGCCCUUGAAAAUGGAAUCUUAUUUCUCCCAUGACCAAAAACCAAAACUCCCAUCACCACCAAACUCCUUCAACGACCCCCAGUCUUUUUAUUGGGAAGAGCUUCUCUCUAGCCACAACUCACUCCCUUUCAACCUUGACGACUCUCAAGAUAGGCUUCUGUUGGAAGUCAUAGCAGAGGGAACCAUGAAGGAAUCGUGCGAAUCUGAGUCCGCAUCCUCGACCGGAGUUGGCGACGAGGAGGUCACUUCGAGCCUCGCGACUGCAAAGCUAGAGUCGAAGAGGAAGUCCUACCGAGGCGUGAGAAGGCGGCCGUGGGGGAAAUAUGCGGCGGAGAUCCGAGACUCGACGCGGCACGGGAACCGGGUCUGGCUCGGGACGUUCGACACGGCGGAGGCCGCCGCUCUAGCCUACGACCAAGCUGCAUUCGCACUGCGGGGGUCCUUGGCCGUGCUCAAUUUCCCACAGGAAAGGGUUAUGGAGUCGCUCAAGGGGAUGGAGUAUAUUUCUGAAGGUGGUUGCUCUCCUGUGGAGGCACUGAAGAGGAGGCAUUCCAUGAGGAAGAGGCUGUCGGACAAGAGAGACGGAGAGAAAGAUGAGGAAAUGAGGAAUCAGAAUCAGGUGGUGCUUGAGGAUCUAGGGCCUGAAUAUUUGGAGCAGCUAUUGAGUUCUUCCAAAAGCAGCGACAACAUUUGGUGAACAAAGAAAAUGUUUUGUCGCCAAUUG